CGACAUAGCCAUCCAUUCACAGAGCCGCUCCAACGCGUCAACUUCCUCCACUGUUGCAAGACCUCCUCUUCUCCGUUCAUUUCCUCGUUCUUCAUUCCCAUUCUUCAUUCUCUCUCCUUGCCACUACAGUCGCUCUUUUGACAUAUUCAGUCCCUCGUUGAUAUAAAUCAUGUUACUACGCUUCCUAUCCAUAAUCUACCUCGGCGCAUGCACCGCGCUAGCCACACAACCCCGGAAUGAUACUUUUGCGCAUCGGUCAGACAUCAAUCAAAUCCGGCUACCAUGUGCGCCAUGCGCGUUCGCAGAUACUACCUGUUCGCAGGAUAGAAAGCCAAAUGCAUACUUGACCCUCGACUUCACAAUGACAAAUGGCACCCUCGUCGCCAACGACAUUCCCAUCUUCCCAUCUACCUCCACGGAUAUGCAGCUCCCGGCUACCCGCCACUGGUCCUCGAAAACAAGCAAGGAAACCGAAGAUGUCCGUUUAACCUACGCCCUGCAUACGCAACGAGUUCCUCCCCGUGCGCAGGGGAAGUUAUACCGGUUUACUAUGAAUCUACUCGAUAACCAAGGUCGACCAGCUACCACGGAUCUAGUCAGUCUGACGCUCGUCCGCAACGCAGAGGAGAAACUACUUCUCUCUAGUAUAAGGGUGGAGCCAGCAGUGCACCACACCCAGCGCUGGAAGCUGAAAUACUGGAGGACGCAAGUCGGGGGAUACAUGGUCACCAUAAAGGAAGCAGUCAAGAGCCGCUUACACGGGGAAUCAAACUCCUCGGACAAACUCCUUAUCAUCGACGGACACCGUCACUCAACAGAGUCAGAGCAGGAUCUCGACUCCACCACACCAAAAAUCCCGUCAGACAACGACUCGCAUUUCCAGAUCCUCUCGUUUUACCAAUUCACUCAUUACCCCUCGCAGCAUAGUAGCUCUAACCAUCAUUUCCUGCGUCUUGUCCGGCCGAUCAUUAUGCCAGCGUUGCUGGGAAUUAUGGCUGGUUUUGUGGCAUGCGUGAUUGGAUUCCUGGUUGGACGGAUCGGGGCUUCGAUUUAUUUCCAUGUUCGGGGUAAGAAGCAGGUUGGUUCUGCUGUAUCCGCGGCGGAUAUAGAAGAGGGCUUUGUUUCGGAGAAGCAGGGGCUUUUGGAGAUGUAUGAGUAGUGACAUUCUUUACUAUUUCUUUUUUUUUUUUUUUAAACCUGAAUUCAAGACCAUACUGUGUAUGGUAUACACCUGGAGUGAUACCGGAUUAUAUAGUCAAUUGAGACUAGAACACAUCAAUAAGGCCGGCUGGCCCAAUGGUAAGGCGC